AUGGAUCUUAUCCACAGAAGCUUGGUCAUUGUUUCCAAGCAAAGAUCCAUUGGUGGUGUCAAAGCUUGUCGCGUUCAUGAUUUGCUGCAUGAGUUUUGUGUGACAAAAGGCAAAGAAGAAAAUUUUCUGCAGCUGGUGCGUGGGUAUGAUGAGAUAAAUACUUUCAGAGUGCCACGCAACCUACGCCGCCUAUGCAUCAACUCUAACCCAGAGCACUUUUGCAAGUCCAGGUUAUUUGCUCCCACAAUCCAUUCUCUAAUACACUCCGAUGGAGGCAAAAGGCACCGACAUCGUGAAUUUGAGAUUUCAUCCAUUUAUGGUAUCUUCAAACUUGUUAGAGUGUUAGAAUUGAGCGACAUAAAUCUAGGUACUACUUUUCCUAGAGAACUAGAAUUAUUGGUUCAAUUGAGAUACUUGGCAAUUCUAGGAAAUAUGGAUUCAAUUCCAUCUUCCAUAGCCAAUCUCUCGAAUUUGGAAACUUUCAUCCUGAAAACAGUAGUUCGGACUGUUUUACUACCUGAUACAAUAUGGAAUCUGAAAAAGCUAAGGCACUUACAAAUAAGGGACACCUACUUUGCAUCUGUUUGUUCAUUUUUGUUACCCACAGACAAUCUUGACACAGCUGCAAACUUGUGUGAUUUGAAUACCUUCACCCGAGUAUCUCUUUCUUCUUUGGAUAUCGUCCGCAAGGUAUUCAGUAAAAUUCCUAAUAUUCACAAGCUGGAAUGCAUUCUCAUUGCAUAUAAUGAACAUAAUUGGGUUUCAGCAGACAAGAUUAUAGUACUUGACUUUCUAAGUGGACUAAAAUCACUGUAUCUGAUGUUCAAUCAUUUUACACGUCUUCCAAAUCCAUGCCAGUUUGAGUUUCAAUUCCCUUUGGCAAUUAGAAAGUUGACUCUAUGCGGUUUUCUUUUCCCUUGGAGCAAAAUUUCUGCAAUCGAAAAUCUUCCCAAUCUUGAGGUUCUCAAAUUACUUGUUCAAGCCUUCAAGGGCGAAAUAUGGAACAUGGAAAAAGUGGGGUUCCCUAAAGUUAGAUUUCUGAAAAUAGCUGCCUUGGAUAUUGUCAAGUGGACUGCCUACGAGGGCGUGGACUGUUUUCCAAGUCUACAGAAACUAGCAUUGAAAAGCUGUCGCUCUUUAAAGGAGAUCCCUUCUUGUUUGGGGAGUUCGACUCUUGAAAUUAUUGAGGUGUCUCAUUGUCCCUUCUCUGCAAGAUUUAUAGAGCCACUUCAGGAAGAACAAAUGGACUUGGGAAAUACUGAUCUGAAGAUCCUUAUUUCAUAA